UGUGCUGCUCAGACGGCUUCGUCGGCUUCGACAGGCUCUGCGUGAGCUUCCGAACGUCGCUCGGCGGCGGUGGUGCAGCUGUCGGUCCAGCCGCCGCGCGGGGUGCCGCGCUGCUGCAGAUAUGGGCGAGCUGCGCAGAGCAGUGUCUGUGGAACGGCGGUAACGCGGUGCUGCCUUCCUGUGUGUUCGCUGGCGUCGGUGACCUGACUCCAGAGACUGCCAGGCAAGCCUUGGAUCACAGAGAGCGUCACACGAAGGGUGACGCUCUCCAUGCUGAGGGAUUCAUCAGAGGCGUUUCGAGGGCGCUCUCUUCACGCUCUGGAGGUGGAUUGGUGCCUUCUUGGGGCUGUCGUCUUCUAUUAGAAGCAAAGCUUUCGAAAGACUGUCUCGUUGAAAACUUAAGGCACUGGAAGACGAAACACAAGCGGUGCAAGAUGUGUUCUAUUGCUCAAGUCAAUCAAUUUUGUGUCGGUCACGGAUUGUGGCUUUUUGUCUUCGCUACUGUUUUUGUUUAAAGUGUUAUUCCUUAGGUGUGGGCGAUUAAAGCAACGACAGCCAAGGCCAGAAAGGUGAAACUGAAGAAGACCAGCAGCGAAAUAAUUCGCGGGUCCACCAAGCUCAUGGCCACGCCUAGAAAUCACGACUCGAAUCCACUGAAUCACAACACCAAGUGGCGGAUCACGCUCUUUAACCUCUAUAAGAAAAAGAGCCGCGAACAGGCCCAAGAGGAGCUGCUGGGCCACGAUGUCUUCAACUACCGCGACCCGCGUGUCAACUACGACAAGUGGCCGCGCAAGCUGCUUCGGACGACGCUGCCGACGCUGGAGGAACUGGCCGGGCUGCAGCCGCCGCCGUCGCUCGUCUCCCCCGUUGCUGCCUCCAGGAACGGGACGCUCGCCGACGGCUACGUCACCUCCACGGCGUCUGCGGAGGGGGGCGCGACGGCAGACGUGACGCACUCGUCCGUGCUCUCUGCACCGGAGCAGCAGCGCUCGGAGGUCGCCAGCCAGGUGGCUGGCAGCCUGUGCCGCCAGUACCUCGCCAGGUCCGACCGAUACCAGCUGGUGCAGCCGCUCAACGAUCUCGGCUGCCGCAGCAACAAGCACUGGUUCCUCGUGCAGGACCUGCUCGUGAAAACUGAGCGGCUGCUGACCAUCACGUCGGUGACGCACCGUCCACCUCUGCUCCAGCAGUCGAGCAGGGCAAAGCUUCUGAAGGAACGGUUGAUGAGCGCCAAGCACCCGUACCUGCUCCCCGUGUUGGACGCCGACCUGAUCGAGCUACCCCAGGGUUACCCGGUGGUUAUCAUCAUCACCCCCCGUGGCCCCUCGGGCAGUCUGCGAGACAUCAUGCACAAGACGGCCUGGGACCGCGACUGGAGCGACAAGUACGAGGCGGUCGACACGGAGCGGCUGCGGCUGCCGCUCUCGCAGGUGCGCCGGCUCUCUCUGCAGCUAGUGGAGGCACUGCUGCACCUGCGCAGGACCGGCUUCGCCGCCACCUUCGGCCACCUGCACGCCGGCAACAUCAUGGUGCAGAACGGCGUGGCCAGGCUGGCAGACCUGGAAGCGGCGCUGCUGGAGUACGAGCCGUGCGCGUGGCUUGGACCGGCACCGCCUUCGGACGAGCUGGCCGUGGGUGCGCUCAUCUACCAGAUGGCGUCUGGCCGGCAGACGGGGCCUCGUGGGCCCACGCCGGCAGAGAUGGCGCUGCUGGACCACGAGACACGCUCCCAGCUGGGGCCUGUAAUGGAGUUCAUAUUCGACUCGCCUGGGGGUCGCCAUCCCAGCCUAGACAUGCUGCCGCGGCUCGAGUUCUUCCGAGACGUCCAGCUGCGCGAGCUGGCCCGCAGGCCGCCGAGUCUGACCGAGAUGAAGGUGGCGGUGGUGGGGCCAGUCGAACCGGGCCAGCCCUGUGCCCCUGGCCAGGAGCACGUUGUUACACGCAGCCCCCAGCGCAGGCGGAAGCGGUCCAGCUCGAUGCCAGGCGGGAGCUCCCAGGAGCUGCAGGAAUUCCGCAGGAUGCACGAGCAGUUCUCCAAGAUAGCGCCGCACUGAACUGGCUCUCCGAGUGGCACCGAGUCAAACUACAGCGGUUGUGCCAGCCCAGCAACAUAUCCAGUUUACAACACAGCUCCAGCUGUAGCUCCAACUCAGUUCCAGCUCAGUUCCUACUCAGCUCCAGUUCAGCUCCUUCUCAGCACCAGCUCAGCUCCUGCUCAGC